AUGGCCGGCGACUCCUCCGCCUGUGUAUCCUCGGUUGCCGCGGAGACCGUGGAGGAUUCGUCGGAGCGCCCACAGCUUGCGGAGGUCCCUCGAAGUCAGCAAAUAGAGAUCGCUGUUCGUGAAAAGGCUACCGUCUGGGAAGAGCAUCCCAAACUCCGAGACGAGCUCCGCGAAUGGCGAGAGAAAUACGAUGCAUUGGAGGACGAUCUGCGGAAAUUGCAGGAGGGGCGUCUCGUUAUCAGGACAGACACGUCGCUGAGCAGCGUGCGGCAGACAGCCUCAUAUGAUGUCGAAACAACCUCCAACGUAACAGUGGUCACGUACAACACGAGGAGUCGUGACCUCGAAGAGACGCGAGAGGUGGUGGAUCCUGGUGGGGACGAUAUCAACCAGCUGCUGAAGCAACAGAUUCUCCUCCUUGGUCAGACCAAUCGCAACCUCUGCAGAAAAGUUGAACGUCUAAACCGGAGUCUGUUGGCAAAGGACCAGAGCCACGAGAAAUUCCGUACCUUCGUUUCCAGCGAAAGGAGAACCCUCGCCGAGCUCGAAUCCCUUGUGGGCAGCGUGAAGAGAGACUACAAAUCCCUGCGGAACUACAUCGCCCAACGAUUGGGAGCGUACAGGGACGAGCUCGAUUCACAAAAGAACACUUUGAGCAGCGCGAUGGCCGAGCACGCCCACGGAAGAGAUUCUCCUGAGCUCAUCGACGUUCCGAAGAUCAUGGUCCACAGCGGAAGCAUGACAGAAGACGAAUUAGAGCAAAAAUUUCUCCUGUCGUCAGACGCAUCGGUUGAUGACAUAGUCGAACUCCUAAAUCAAUGCGCGCAAUCAAUGCCGAGAAGCGGAACCUCGAGCAGGUGUCGAACCCCAGUGGCUGACGAGGAACUCCCGAUCGAGACGAUGCUCCACCACCUGCAGUAUGAGGCGAAAAUAAGGGACCUGGAACAGCAGUUGACUGCGGUGGGGAGCGAGAAACAACGUCUCGCCAACGAACUGAAUCGAGCGACGGAUUCUCGGGUCCGAAACGUGACCGCAACCAGUGAAACCUUCGCGACUACCGGUAAACUGACGAAAACCGCCGAGCUUGGAGGGUGCGACGCCAAAGACAAUGACUUCGGCCAACUCUCGGAGCCUUCGUCCCUAUCCGAAGACACGGAUUCCCGAUGGUGCUCCGAAAUCCAAACGUUCCGCGAGCACAUAGUCACGCUCCAACAACAGCUGGAAACUCAGAGGAAACUCUGCGAUCAACUCCUCCGAGAAAAACAGUUGCUCAUUCAGCAAUUAUCGGAGUUGCGAGAUGAGAAGCGAAGAUCCGAAGAAGCGAUGAACUACCGGAGUCGCGAGCAGCAGAAGCAGAUCGAGGCGCUCACUUCCAGGUGCGACCAGCUGCUCGAUGGACGAAGCAACAACGAUCGCAAGGAGCGGACGGAGACGCAAGCCGUGUCCGCUCUUCGUUCAGAGCUCGAGAAGCUAGGCAAGGAUGUUGGCGUGCUGAGCGAUGAAAACAUCCGAUUGAAGAAUAGAACUCUGCUCACCAGUCAGGAAUGGAAAUCCGUAUUCCAAAAGCAAUCGACCGAGGUUCGCCGUCUGGAAUUGGAGAAAUCCCAGCUCUCGCAGCAGGUCGAAGAGGCUCGAAUCGAAUCCACCGCCGCGCAACGCGACGUCGAACAACUUCAAGGAAGGAUUCUGCAUUUAUCCAAAGAACUUAGUGCCAACCGGGAGGAGCUGAUCAAAGAACGGACAGCGAAGGACGAAGCCAUGCUCUCAGCACAGAAGAUCGAGUGCGAGAUCGAGAAAAUGCGAAACUUUUUCGAAGAACAACUCCACGAAGAUCGAAACUGCCACCAGAAGUCGGUGGAAGAGUUGAAACUCGGCUACGAAACCCAGAUCACGGAGCUGAGACAGCGUUUCAAGACAAUCACGGAGGACUACAACACUCGUCUCAAGCACGAAAUGUAUCCAGUGCUCGAGGAGUUCCAGAGAUUGACCGCAAAUGUCACCGAUGCUGAAGUCGAAAUUUCCAGUCUUAGGAAGAGUCUCCUCAAGGAAAAGGAAGAGAACGACAGAAUGCAUGAUUCGGAACGCUCCCUCAAAACACAGCUCUCGGCCUUGAAUAGGGAACUCUCUGACACGCAAAGCAAGCACAGCGAGGCUGUUCUCCAAGCGGAAGACAUGCGUGUUCAGUGCGCAGAAUUGAAGGCGAAGCUGGAAUCCGGCUCCCGAUCGAAUCUCAGCAUGAAAUCCGAUCUGGCGAAGCUAGCGAGCCAGUUGGAACAAUCCGAAGUGGCGCGGAACGUCCUCGAAAAAGAAUGUAUGGCUCUCCGGGAGCACACGAAUCAUAGUACAACGCUUAUCCAGAGCGAGUGCAGUCAGAUGCAGGAACGCAUCGCUGUCCUUCUCCGCGAGAAGGAGUCCCUCGCCAAGGAACUAGCGGAGUCGCGCAGCGAUGAUGAGGUUCUGCGUGCGCGUAUGGUCAUGCUGGAGAUGCAAUUGGAAGAAAAACGCCUCCAGGCGAUCGAGGAUGAGGCGGAGCAUGAGAAAGGAAUCGCUCAAUGUUCCGAACUCAAAGACCAGCUCAGUCAGACGCGACUCGAGCUUGAGAUCUACAGAGAAAGGAUGCUGAAGCUCGAAUCCCAGAGGUCGGAACUGCUGGUCCACCGGGAAAAAAUGCGUCGCAUUGAUUCGCUGCUUCUUCCCGUCAUGAGUCGGAAAGGUGUCGACGCUCAAGAUAUCGUUGAUUGCGUGCGAAAACUGGUUGAAGAGUUGGAGGCAUACCGAGAGAGACCCGGCACUGUAGACCAGCAGUCGAACAAUAUCAAAACGCUGUGUUUAACGGAAUCAAGGAAAACGUUCGAGGAUAGUAAGAAGAACACGGAGCUCCAAAGAGAACUGACGGUGCGAGAGGCUCGGAUCAAUGUUCUUGAGCAGAGCCUUCUGAGGCUCCAGACUGAACUCGAUCUCCAGAAGCAGUCGAGCGAAGUUCGACUCACGGAAGGUCUGCCGCUCCAGCAGCACAGCAAGGUGCUGAUGCACGCCGAGCUCAACAAAACUUCUGCAUCUCUGAAGCUGAUGGAGCAGAAGUACCAGGGAGACAUCGAUUCGGAGCGAGAGUCGAACAAGCGCCUACGAGAGCAGAUGGCUGAAUUGAAAGAGGAUUGCGAUAUCCUGCGCAGGACUUUGGACAGAACUCUGAGUGAAGUUGAGGUUCUGAGAAAAACUCGCAGCAAUAGAGCCGUAGAAGCACCGCCGCCUCAGUCAGCGCCGUCCAAAUGCAAAGAGGUGAUUUUCGAAUAUUUAUUCAUUUGGAUAUCGCUUGUGGACUCACAUUUGAUAUUAUCGGAUCGUUUGGGAGAUCUCCCAGCUUGAGUUUUGGUUCCAAUUAUCCAGAAGAACUACGAGUCCUUGUACCGCCGGCUGAAACAUGAUCACAACAACUUGCGUCAGAAAUACGAGAACGCUCUGCGGCGAACGCAGCAGGAUGUCAUACAACAUGAGUUCACUGCCACCAAAAUCCUCGGACAACUGUCCAAGUCCCUGCACAACGUAUCGCGCGACCCGGAGUGUCUUCCACAGGAGUCGCAAGCCCUGAUGAUAACCGUCAAAUCGCUCCAUCAGAGUGAAAGUGUAGAAGAGGAUUAA